CCCUGCUAAACACCAGUAUGUCAUAACGUGCAGCACACAACUACAGACAAUCAGUGCUGAAUUACUUGGGAGGAACAAUCCAGAUAUGGGCUCAGUGAGAGGAUGGUGUACCAUAGCACUGGUGGGGAUUCUGGGAUAUCUUUAUAUGGACAAUUUCAACCUUGCCAGCCUUGCCAAUGCUAGGGUCCUUGUCACUGGUGCAAGCACUGGCAUUGGGGAGGAAAUUGCUUAUCACUAUGCCAGGGCUGGAGCAGAACUUGUCCUAACUGCAAGAAGGGAACAUGCACUCCAAAAGGUGAAGACAAAAUGCAUGGAACUUGGAGCAAAGAAUGUGUUCCUGGUUCUUGCAGACAUGGGAGAACCUGCAGCUCGUAAGCAAGUACUUGACCAGGCCAUCUCUUUGCUAGGUGGCUUAGAUUACCUGGUGUUAAAUCACAUUGGCGCCACCCCAUUCAAGUUGUGGGAGGGAGAUGUCAAUCAUACACGCUGGUUAAUGGAGGUAAAUUUUCUGAGCUAUGUCGACCUUGCUUCUGUUGCGUUACCCUACCUGACCCAAUCAAAAGGCUCCAUCAUUGUCUUAUCGUCCAUGGCAGGAAAAGUCCCCAUUCCAUAUGCAGGACCAUAUGCUGCAUCUAAAUUUGCACUGGAAGGAUUCUUUGGAGCCCUAAGACACGAGCUUACCAUGCAAGACAUACCUGUGUCCAUUACACUCUGUAUCCUGGGCCUAAUUAAUACAGAGUCUGCCAUGGAAAAAGUAAAAGAUAAGGUCACAAUGCCUGUGUAUCCUGCCCAGGAUGCUGCAUUGGCUGUGAUAAACGCUGGGGCCAGCCGUGUGCACGAGAUGUAUUAUCCCUGGUAUGUAAGGCCUGCGUGUUUCUUCCGGGAUUGGUUCCCACAGAUCAGAGACUGGAUCUUGUUGAGCAGCUACCAUUACAAACCAUGAGAUCAGGAGGCAGCAGUGUAAACCAGCCUCCACGCAAGAUAAGCGAUUGUUGUC